AUGUCGGUUUUUCUGCUUUCCCAAAGAACUGCCAUCAACUACUUUCAUCAAACAUCCCAUCUUUUUAUUUCUCGCUCUUUUUCUUCAAAACUUUUGAAAAUCGCCUUCUGUGGUUCAGACCUCUUUUCAAUCCACUCAUUUAAAGCUCUUCUCCAGUAUGCUGCAACUCCUCAAGCUAUCCAAAGUAUAGAUCUCAUCACCCGCAAACCAAAACCAGCAGGCCGAGGCAGGAAAACAAUCGCAACUGUUCCAAUAUUAGAACAGCUUCCAGAACUACAACAAAUUUACUCUUCCACAGGCCCUAUCCAAACACAUACCCCGGAAUCCACUAAAGAGUUUCUCGACAUUCAAGCUGCCCGAAACUUUGACAUAGUUAUUGCUGUAUCUUACGGUAAACUUAUCCCUCACCAAUUCAUCGCUGCAUUGCCCUAUGGUGGCCUCAAUGUUCAUCCAUCGCUUCUUCCUAAAUACUCAGGUGCAUCGCCUCUCCACAUGGCCCUUCUCAAUAGAGACCCUUAUACUGGUGUCACUGUGCAAACUCUUCACCCCACAAAAUUUGAUCGCGGUGAUAUUCUUUUCCAGAGCCCAGAGUUACCCCUACCGCAACUAUUAAAUCAAAACCAUCUAUCCUCACUAACAUCUGAUGAAGCCAUUUUGGCUGCUGACUCCCCUCUGGCUGCAAUCACAGACACUUUAGGUGUUGUAGGGGCACAAGCGCUUGUACAUGUCAUUAAAAACGGUCUCUACGAAUCCCCUGCAAACAACAAACUGACUCCAAAAUAUGAUUACUCUUACGCUCCACGUAUCCCUUCUACCGCGGCUGAAAUUCAUCUCUCAUCCAUGGAUACUACUACUAUUCUCGUCAAUAACAAGGUCCUCGGACCCCUCUACAUAUUUCAAGAAACUAUUCCGCCGCUUUCUAAAAAAAUGAAAAAGAAACUCGGAAAUGAAACCUCCGUUCCAGUCCCCAAGCGUGUGCAAUUGCACUUACUAGAAAACGCUUCUCAAUCUUUCCCAAAUGAAUUCCCAGAACAAGCUACCCAAAUGGCUCUCGGAGACUACUUUCUCACACACAUAACCGACAAGUCCACUGAAUCAGAUUCUGCUCUUGUCUUUAAAACAAGCGACGGCUUCAUCGCCGCACGUCAAAUCAAAUCUGAAGGCUAUGCCGCAUGCUCUGCUUAUCAACUUGCUCUUAGCAUGAAAAAGCGGGGCAUCUUUAGAAACUCAUUUAUUCUUUAA